GCUCCGACUCGCCGCCCGCGGUGGGCCCCGAGGGCCUGCCUGGGUGCGGCGGGGCCACCGAGGGAUCCGGGCGGCCGGCGGAGAGGCCGGAGCAGAAGGUGUUGAGGGCAGACUCUGUGAGCCCCGACACACCCUCCAAGCUACUUCCAUGCCCGCGCAGGGUGCACAGCGGCCUGUCACGAUUCAAGAUCCCCAUGUGGUCGCCGGACGAAGCUGACCCCCAGCUGCCCUCCACGGAUCCGCACCCUGGCGAGCCCUGGCCUGAUGCCGAGGAGAAGGACGAGGAGGAGGAGGACCACCCAUUGGAAAUGAUGGACAACGACAUUUACGAGGAGUUUCAGAAGCCCGAAGACACGCCUGCCCGGGAAACAAUCAGCCCCAGCCGUCACAGCCCGGUGACUCUGUCCAAGAGCAACGCCCUGCAGAGCCGGCCGCUGCCCAUCCCUUGGCAGAAAAUCAUCAGGAGGCAAUCGGCCAUGGUGCACGACCGCGUGUACGAGGACAUAUCGGACAUCCCAGCUCCACGCGGGGAGCCCUCCCCGCGAGGGAUGGAGGACGAUGGCAACACGUACGAAGAAGUGAAGUAUGUGGAGAAGCGGGCCACGAAGGAGCAGCCACAGCAGCAGCAGCGACAGAGGAAGGCUCCCGUCGCGAUGACGAGGCUCCCCGGCCACCUGACGGACGCAUCGGGAAGCUCCGUGAACGAGAUGGGUUACAGCUGCUCCGACGACGAGAACCGUGUCUACAGCCUGGUCAUGGACGUGGAGGGGGCGGGUGAGUCGGAACGCCACGUCUACUCGACGGGCGACGGUGAUGGCGGAGGCACCUUCGUCCUGGCCCCACGGCCCGUUAGCAGCGGCAGCAUCAAGGCCGGCUGGCUCGACAAGCAAGCGCCGCAGGGGCCGUACCUUUUCCAGAAGCGCUGGGUGAAGAGUGAUGGCCGCUACCUUUACUACUACAGCAACGACAAGGAGAUGUACUCCAAGGGCGUCUUGCCUCUGUCCGCCGUCCAGGAGGUCCUCACUCAGACAGGAGGAGACGCCAAAUUCGAGGUGGUGACGCAGACCAGGGCCUUCGUGUUCCGCGCCGACUCGGAGGCGGAGCGUGCCGGCUGGGUGUCAGCCCUGCGCGAGGCCGUCCAGGCCCAGCGGUCCCCCGAAGGCGGCGUGGCCUCCAUGCUCCACAGCGCCGGAGUCAUCCCCGGGGAGGCCCUGUGGGGGGAGCAGGAGAAGCGCGGGACCCUGGAGCUGCGCGGCAAGGCCAAGCUCUACGUCGUUUGCUGCUCCGACCGCCUGUGGCUCUUCAAGAGCGAGCAGGACUUCCGCACCUCGUUGGGUAUCACCUGCAUUGAGAUGAACGUGGCAAACGUGAGGGCGGUGGAGAAGAAGGGCAUUGAUCUCACGACGGCGUUUAAAACAUUCAGCUUCAUGGCGGAGAACGAGCGCGAGCGGGACGAGUGGCUCGAGACGAUGCGGGACUCGAUCGCCACCUCGCUCUCCCACUUGGACGUCGCCAAGCAGAUCUGGGCCAACGAGCACAACCGCCGCUGCGCCGACUGCGGCGCCGCCUGGCCCGACUGGGCCUCCGUCAACCUCUGCGUCGUCAUCUGCAAGCGCUGCGCCGGCGAGCACCGGAAUUUGGGGCAGACGGUGUCCAAAGUGCGCAGCCUCAAGAUGGACAAGAACAUCUGGACCAAGAACCUCAUCGAGCUCUUCCAGGAGCUGGGGAAUGCCCAGGUGAACAAGUUCUGGGCGGCGUCGGUGCCGCCGAGCGAGGCCGUGGAUCCGAGCUCGGAGGCCGAGCGGCGCCGCGAGUACGUCUUCGCCAAGUACCGCGAGGGCCGCUACCGCUGCUACCACCCGUGCUUUGGCAACGAGAGUGAGCUCAACGAGGCGCUGUGCAGGGCGGUGGUGACCUCCAAUUUGCUGGAGUCGAUGGCGCUCGUGUUCUGCGGAGCGAGCAUGCUGUGCUGCACGGGCGAGCCGGACGGCGCCACACCGGUGCAGCUCGCACAGCGCGCGGGACAGCGCCUGCAGACCGAGCUCCUGCUGCAGAACCGCAACUCGACCAUACCCGGAGCCACGGUGCCGCCCUCAUCACCGGCCAUCGUCUCGGGCUACCUCUACAAAACGGCCUCCACGACCAAGGUCCUGUUUGACCGCAAGCCCAAGGAAGAUUUCUGCCGGCGCUGGUGCGUGCUGGAGAACGGAGCGCUCAGCUACUACGAGUCGGAGCGCAGCACGACGGCGAGCGGCCGCGUCGAGCUGCAGGACCUGGUCAGCCUGGCCGUGAGCGGGGCCCACUCGCACAACGCGCAUGGGAUGGAGCACACCUUUGAGAUCUGCACCAAGAAUGAGAAGCUCUUCCUGUUUGGGUCGGACUGCACCGCCACGCACAGGGAGUGGAUCCUCGCCCUCCUCAAGGCCCUGCCGUGGCCCGGUGCCGAGGCCCUGUGCCGCCGCGGUUUCGACCGCGUGGGCCCCCUCUUGUGCCGCGACGGCCGAAGCCAGAUCCGCUGGCAGCCGGCCGUGUUCGCGCUGCACGGCGCCUUCCUGCGCUUCCGUGCGGUCGUCGCGACGCCGCCCGCCGCGAUCGCCCAGGCCGACGCGGCCUUCCAGAGGCAGUUGUCCGGGGCGCUGGGCCGAGCGUCGCCCUCGCAGGAGGGCUUCUACGAGGUUGGUGACGACGGCGGCUUAGACGACGGCGACUACGGUGACGGUGGCGAGGACGGCGGUGGCGGCGACGGUGAUGACCUCGAGGGCACCGAGGUGGUGGUCAACCUGCAGAAACUUCAGGAGAUCUCUGUACGAAUGUCGGACCACGUCAUCGAGAAGUACGAGACGCUCAUCCUGGUGGAGAAACGAAGGAUGCUCUACGUGCAGAGCGACACGCGGCUCAACUUCGCCGCCUGGCGCCUGGCGCUGGAGAACGUGGCGCGGGGAGGGGGUCGCCUGCUGGCCGAGCAGCAGCUGCUGGAGGGAGACGUCCCCGUGGUGCUGGGCCGCUGCAUGGAGUACAUCACGCAGUACGGGCUCACGUCGGAUGGCAUCUACCGCAAGAGCGGCACCAACUCGCGCACGCACGCGCUCCUCGCCGAGUUCUGGCGAGACGCGCGCGCCGUGCGUCUCCGCGAGGGCGAGCACUCCGUGGACGACGUCGCCAACGUCCUCAAGCGCUUCCUGCGCGAGCUGCAGGACGGCACCGUGCCGGCCGGCGCUCGCCUCGCGUGGACACGAGCCGCCGCGGACAUUCGAGAUGAUGGGGAACGGCUGCAGAGGUACAAGGAUCUCGUCAAGGAGCUGCCGCACGUGAACCGCGCCACCCUGGCGGCUCUCAUCGAACAUCUCUACUGCGUGCAGCUCAACGCCAACUCGAAUCAGAUGUCGGCGCGGAACCUGGGCAUCGUGUUCGGCCCGACGCUCUUCCAGUCGGAGGGCGCGAGCCGCGAGGAGGUCAUCGUGGUGGAGGCGCUCAUCAGCAACUACCUCAGGGUGUUCGAGGUUGAUACGGAGCGUUUCCAGAACGUGCUGCACGUGAUCGAACUCAUCGUCAAGGGGUUAACGGUCAAGCAACCUUCCGCUCAAGCUGGGAAUUUGAUCGUCUCGGUUUAUUUUGAGAGGAAGAGCACGGACACCUGCAUCAGCCUCAAGGUGUCGGGGCUCAUGACGGCACAGGAGCUACUCCUGGAGGUGCUCGACCUCAGGCAGGGACAGCUGCAGCACAAUGACUCCGCGAUGGCCGUGUUCGAGGUGUCUGGGGAGCUGGAGCGGCCGCUGCACUACAAGGAGAGGGUCCUGGAGCUUCUCUUCCAUCCGGAUCCGCAGGAGAACUACCUCCUGGUGAAGAGGCACCCCGACCUCGAAGGGAUGAGGCGCCACCUUGAAGAAGGGCGCGACAAGAAGGAGUGGCAGGGUCCUGUGCGCUUCCGGGAGGAGCGCAGCGUCCACGCUCUGCUCCUGCAGACCGGCAGGUUCAACGAGCGCUUCAUGGCUCUCUGCGCCGGGAGGGUGCUCGUGUUCAAGGACAGGAAGACCAACAAGGCGGAGAGGGAUUGGAGCCUGCAGACGGUGAAAACGUUCCUGGGAAUUCGGAGGAAGCUGAAACCUCCCACGAGUUUCGGGCUGACCCUGGUGCAAGACAAACAGCGGUGGUUUCUGUGCUUUGAGAGCCACCAGGAGCUGUGCGACUGCCUGGCCACCAUGCUCAACUUGAAGCACAAGGGCGACGUGUGGCCUCCCGACGGCGACUUCCGCAGCCGCACCUCCUCCACGACCCAGAAGCUUGGCAGCCAGGUUCUCAUCCCCCUGCGGGGCAGCGAUUUGCACCGGCUGACGCUCUCCAACAGCAUGGCCUUCAAGGAGCCUGAGAACCCAACUGCGGACGAGAGGAGGCCCGAGCUGGACGAGCCCUCCCUGGCCGCACCGUGGCCCCAAGAGAACGACAGAGCCGCCGCGCCCCCCGAGCCCCGCCCGGCCCUCGCGCCCCCCUCACGUCAGGACCAGGUGGCCGCCAGCGCGACCCACGCUCCUCUGCUGCCGCCAUCCUCCCGUCAAGGCAGGGUAACGGCCUCCCCGGCCCCGUCCCCGCCGCCGCCGCCGCCGCCGGGCCUGCGCCCGCAGCACAAGGUCCUCGUGCCGAGCCCGGAGCAGUCGCAGCAGGUCGAGUGUUCGGCGUCGAGCGAGCCGCGCCAGGCGGGUCGGGCCUCGCCGGUGACCCCCGAGCCUGCUCAGCAGGCGCCCCCCACGCCGAAACCGCGGCAGCAGCUCGCGUGGAAGUCGCCGCAGCGGGGCACGCCCGUCGCCCCCGCGCCGUCCGCGCAGCCGGCGGGCGCCGGGCCGGGACUGAGGACGGCGGCGGUCGCGGCCCAGACGCCCUCCGCCGAGCCGCUCAGCCCCGUGUGGCCUCAGGCCUCGGGGCCCAGGAUGGAGAGGCACGAUUCCGUGAAGCUCAACGGUCAGUUAGCGAUCGACCCGGUCACCGCCCAGAAGAAGAACUUGCACUUUAACGUGAUGCACGAGCUGAGCUCGUUCCUCAAGCAGACCGUGGACCUGGAGAACGUGGAGAGCAGCGAGGCGUGACGGCGCCGUCCGCGCCCAAGCGGCGGGUCCGUGCCUCGGCUCCUCUCCCUUGUUGUGGUUUUUUUUUUUUUCAACGAUCCGGCUUCGUCCUCUUCGCCUCGCAACCACCGCCCUCGGCACCGCGCGGCUCUUGAGACGUCGCGAGGCAACGACGCCUUGAGGUGGGCUUCCCCUCGGGCAGUCGUCGUUUGGUCGUCCAAGCAACGCCACUGCAGGACGCAUUCGAACGUCGAAGCCCAGGACAAUGAAAGUGUGGCCCACGGCCUUUUUCUGCGGGAACAGACAGUGGCGUUGUUCUCCCGUCGGAUGCGGUGCGAGGUACUUUCUCCCAAUGCUGCGGGUGUGCAUCUCAAGACACUCUUGUGCACCGGAACGAAAAGCACGCGUCGCCUUUUGCGUAGCAGAACGGCAGCGAGCGAUGCAUUUUUGUACGAGGAAAAAAAUAGCACGCGGUGCCGUCACAAUAGCGGUGUCUGUUGCAGAUGCACCCCCAGCGGUGGGGGGUUCAAGCGGACCCCGGUUAAUGCUCCAGUGCUGUGAAGUUUCCUCCGCAUUGCGUGGCUUCGAUAUAGUACCUUGGCAAAACUCCCUGCGGUUAUAUCGCGUCGCCAUACUUCGCCGUGCCGGUCAGCGUGGAUUUUGUUAAGGUGGCCUUCCGGGUUGGGGCACACGGCCGUGGUGCCGGGCCCACAGAGAAACGUCGCCCACUCGCCUGUUUUAGGUGCACACAAAAAAACACGAAGAAUCCCCACUCCCCCACACAGCCACGUGGCAUAAUUAUAGAGUGUGAGGGCAAAGUGCUGUUAGCAGGCACCUGCUAAGGACCGGCACGUCGCACGAGGCAUUGAGUGUAGCCAGUGUCACGCCCGGCCCACCGUAAUCCGCCCCGCGCUGACGUUCACACGCUCCAUCACCGUCCACCGAUGUUACCCGUGGCCAGUCAAUCGAAGGUCGUCGGGUGCGCAACACCGCAGUGCCCCCCCCUCCCCUCCCCACCACUGCGCCGCCAACUCCACUCGUCAAUUUAUUAAGACACCGACGCUGCUACUGCUGCAUGGAACUUGCCCACCUCUCUCUGGCGAUGAAGGUCGUAGCCCAAACAGGUGGCACUUUUGAUGAAGAAAAAAAAAGUGUCUGGAAUUUAGUUAGUAAUUUUUGUUAGUUUUCAUCGCACAGGGUUAAACCAUUCUGCGCGGAGAUUUUGAGUACUCGUUGGGGUACUUUGGUCCCUACGCUGCAGGGUUGGCGCAGUGGUGACACUCGUGUCGCACAGCAAGAGGGGAACCUGGGUUCAAUUCCUGACCCCGGGUGCCUUUCUCUGUGAAGUUUGGAUGUUCUCCCCCCCUGUUUUGCGUGGGAUUGCUCCGGGUUCUCGAGUUUCCUCCCAGAGCUAAAAACAUUCAUUGGUGUUGGCCAAACAGCCCAAUGUAGCAGGACCCUCCUGACAAAGACUCUUAGGACUCAGUGUCUUUUCCUGGGUGGAUGGAUAAUUGGGUUAUUUUUUAAUGGCCAAAGAUCCCAAUGUAGCAGGAACUUACGGGAAAAAAAUAGUACUUUGAGACUCGGUGAGACUUGCCUGGAUAUAUAAAAGUACAUUUUAUACGAAUCAGGGACCCUCGCUAUGGCCACGCGGCUUUUCAUUUAUCACGGAGCAAAACAAUAAAGGCCAGUUUGGCCCCACAUAACCUCUGGCAAACGCUUAUCGGUAACAGACAAUAACACGGCGAACAGUAAAAUACGGCACAAACAGGAGACGAGCGGAAACAAUAUGGUGUGCCGGGUAGCCGUAGGCAAUGGAGGGCAAAGUUACAAUGAUCGUGCUGCCAAGUGCCAACUGCUUUGGCCGUGCCAUCCUGAACAUUGGGGCCAGGAGUGGCCACUGUCCAGCGUGUACUGCCCACCAUACCGAAUGCCAAACCCACCGACGCAACGGUGAGUAGGCAAAACGUGUUCUAUUACAAUUUCUUUUUGCCAAUAAGCUGAGAUGGGUUCAAGUCGUCUGGCACUUGGUUGUGGCCAUGAGCCUAACGUUCGGUUGACAAAUCUGGACGUGUGCAAGUAUGCUGAUUGUAGCAUAGCCAGUCUAUUGGUGUGGAGUGAGGGUUUAUGUAAAAAAUGUAAAAAUAGUUAAUAACUGCCGUUUCUUUCCCGACGUGUUUAAUACUGUACUAAAUAUGCUCGCUUUUUUACCGGUUUUUUUAAGAGACUUUUGCGCCGUUUUGUGACGCUUAAAAGAGAAUUUCUUUCGUGAUCGCCGUGACAUAAUUUUUUUUUUCUCUCUGUGUCAUGCCCCCUCCCCAUUUUCUUUUCUACGAAAAACAAUAAAACGACACAAAAAUCUC